GCCGGCAAAAUGGUGAACUGGUGCUUCUUGUCGGAUCACGUUUUAGAGGUCAUAUUCUCGUACUUGGACGUGCACGACUUGCGGAACUGCUCGUUAGUGUGUAAGACGUGGUACAGAUACUUGAAUGACGAGAACAACGACGUGUGGCGGCUGCAUUGCAUCAGAAAGCUAGCCGAGGAGGCUUUGAAAUCGGACUUAUUAGCAUCUGUUCCCACGUAUAAAGCCAAGUUAAGAGCCUUCUACCAUGCGUGGAACCCGAAUGACUGCUCGAGAAACAUUUACGUCAAGCCCAAUGGCUUUACGCUGCACAGAAACCCGGUGGCCCAGAGCACGGACGGAGCCAGAGGGAAGAUCGGGUUCAGGUCAGGUAGACAUGCCUGGGAAGUGGUGUGGGAAGGACCCCUGGGUACUGUGGCUGUCAUUGGCAUUGCAACGAAGGACGCGGCUGUGCAGUGCCCCGGGUAUGUGGCGUUGUUAGGCUCCGAUGAGCACUCCUGGGGAUGGAAUCUAGUCGACAAUCAUUUGUUACACAAUGGAGACUCCCAGGGGAAUUACCCCUUGUUGAACAAUGCACCAAAGUAUCAGGUAGGAGAGAGAAUACGAGUGAUAUUGGACUGUGACGACAACACUUUAGCAUUUGAGAAGAACUACGAAUUUCUUGGCGUUGCAUUUAGAGGUCUGCCAGAUAAGCAGCUAUAUCCCUCUGUUUCUGCUGUGUACGGCAACACAGAGGUGUCAAUGGUAUACUUAGGACCCCCGUUGGAUGGCUGACCCGCUGUAUGCUUAGCACAGAUAAUACCAGGCUGCAGAGCGCAACAUGGUUCCUCGCUGAUCUCAAGGGAUUGUCCGCCCACAAGCCCUCGUACAUUAUGACGGGUGUGCGGCAGGUCAUGUAUGGCAGUGGUCGACUGCAGGAAAUGACGCUUCGGCUCUAAAAGAAGCUUUCAGUGAGUGAUGGAGCUCAAAGGGGACUGGUGGCCAUGCAAGAGGACGGCUGUGGUGUGGUGAGCUGUCUUGCCAUCUCCCAAGAAGAGAGCUGUAUUGUACGCAAAAAUAAAGUGAAAAUAAAGAAUAACAAUAAAAAAAACACAUAGGAAAUAAGAGAAGGAUAUUGUGACUUCCUGAAACAUUUAGUGGCUUUUUUUAUGUUAAAAAAAAAAAAAAAAAAAGAUGCAAGCCAUUGACGCCUUACAGUUGUUGAAAAAAGGCAUAGGAUGCAAACCAAAGGGAAGAUGUUAGCAGAUGUGUGAAAACAUCUUCGUUCAGUGCAACAAAGAAUAAAAAAGGAAGAAAAGCAUGCCUAACAGAGUUAAUCUCUGCACUAUGUGCAAUGUGCCUUGAGAAACAUAAUACUGGAGGAACAUUGUCUUUUAGUCUUUUUUAUGAAGAUACAACUGUUUUAAAUUAUUGUAUAUGUAUUUGAAAAAAAUAUAUAGAUAUAUAUGUCUGUUAGCAUAUAUAUAUAUCUGUAAAAGCUGAUUAACUUUGUAAAGAUGAACAGAAGUUAAAGAAUAAUGUCAUGCAACAAAAUGCAGUAUUCAGGAGUAGAGGGAGCUUCUCAUGUACUACCAGGUGUGUGUACAGCAUUGGCUUCUUUUUUUAAAAAGGGUUUUGAAAAAAAGUGUAAGUCUGAAUGUACAAGUAAUUAUUUAUUGAGGCAAAUAGUGAUAUUAUCAGCAUGCUUAUAUUUUGCAUUUGUAUAGUUUAAAAUGUUUAUGCAUUGAUCCUUCCUCAUCUGUGGCUGAGUCAUGGAUGACUGGUUCUGUUCCAUCUGUGGAAUGCAUUCCUUAAGCUCCCACCUUUUUUGUGUUCAAUGAAUUGUGCUCAGGUAGCACAUGAUCUAGUCAUUUAGUAGCAGAAGUGAUCACACAUUUCAUAGAUUGAUGGUGAGGGAUUGAUAACUUUCUUUUAUGCUUUCAUAUAUGUGCAUUAAUCUGUUAUUUCAUUUUAGAUUCUCUCUCUCUCUUAUUUUAUUUUAGAUUCUCUCUCUCUCUCUCUUAUUUUAUUUUAGAUUCUCUCUCUCUCUUAUUUUAUUUUAGAUUCUCUCUCUCUGUCUGUCUGUCUGUCUGUCUGUCUGUCUCUCUCUCUCAGUC